AUGCCACCAUCAAUGAGUGAAUAUUUUGAGGAUCCAAUCAAGGCAUAUCGCCGAUAUCAGAAGAUUGUAAAAUUUCAUUUCGACCAAGAACGCAGUAUUGGUAUCCACUUGUACAGGUCAAAUGAGGCGGCUAUUAGAAAACUCACCGCCGAACUACAGGGAUUUAAUGAACUGAAACGAAAACUGAUACAAACCAAAGAAAAGGAACGUGAACGCAUUAGAAAAUUAAAGGAAUAUGUUGCCUAUCAUGAGCGACGACAGGAACAGCCAAAAUAUAUGAAACCACCUGUUGCGGUCCAUCCAAAAUAUCGUUAUGCGGCUAGUAAAGCUCAUAGUAAUAUAUCAGAUACCAGUACGGACAUAUCAGUGGAUUGUACACCAAAGCUGACACAAACUAUCCGAGCUCAUUAUGCACCGCCACGCACUCCCACUUUGAGUAAUGACAACAGUUCAGAAAGUGAAAAACUGUCUAGCCAGACGUCUAGCAGAAGGUUACGCGUACCACCGCCAUUAUUACCAUGUUCUCCUUAUAAGAAAAGAGCUAAAUCUCCUAAACGAAAAUAUUAUUAA